AUGUCCAAGCCCAACACCUCGCCAAAGGCCAAGGGCCCCGUCGUGCUCGACGACAACGCCAAGGUCGCCGACUCGACGACCGUGUACGACUCGGCCUCGACCGCGUCCAGCAACAUCCUCGAGCCGCGCACGUACAUUGACCCGGCCGCCGACGUCGUCCUCCGCUCCACCGACGGCCGCGAGUUUCGCGUCUGGAGCUACUUUCUCAAGGCCAACUCGUGA